AUGGAAAAGGAGUUGGUGGCGGCCCUGUUCGGCGGCGGCGGCGGCGGCGGCGGCGGCGGCGGCAACGAUAGCGGCAGCGGUGGGGAAGACGGAGGCGCGCUCGCCCCCGGGGACGGGGCGGCGGGGGCGGCUGCCGGAGAGGGCGAGGGCCUCAUGUCGGCGGAGGAGGUGCUGUGCAAGGUUCUGCAGGGGAUUGCGAGGCCGCUACAGUCUCGGGUGUCGACGGUGCUGGAGUCUGUCCGGGAGGCCGGGGUGGGGUACCGCCUCCUAAACCUCCUGGCCUUCUACCGAGCCACCGUGGGGCAGCUCGCCGGCCUCGACAGCCCGGUGCUCGAAGCGCUUUCAGAGUGCCGGAAGAACGCGGACGACACCUUCCGACACGCAAUGAAGCGAGAGGGCGACAGGCUUGUUGCGUCCCCUCCCGCCUACACGGCCGACCUCUCGGCGCUCCCCGCGGCACUGGACGGAGCCAAACGCCUUACCGAGGUGUUGCAGGUGCACUCCACCUCUCUGGUCCCCGCCGGCGAGCCGGAGUCCGACGUGCAGCCGGUUCUGUCGGGCAUCGUGGAGCCGUUGCUGAAGGCUUGCCGCCUUAGCGCGGACGGGCUGGACCCUUCGGACGGGGCCGUCUUCAUGCUUAACAACAUCGACGCGAUCCGGGAGGCUCUCGUCGCCCACGCGCACACUGAGGCAUGGACUCUAGAGCUGACAACGGAGAUGGACAAGUGGCUUGGGGUCCUGGUGCGGCAUCAGGCGGACAAGGUGUUGGAGAGGUGCGGUGUGGCCCAGGCAGUCCGAGCGGCCGCUGCGGCCGAAGGCCAAACAGGCCCCAUGAACGAAGUCCCGGGGCUACAGGAGCGGUCGCUCUCCGCCGUGCUCCGAUCCUUCUACUCGUCGCUCUUCACCCUUGUCAUGCCGGACUUCGAGAGGCUCCGCCGCCCGGGCACGAGAGCGGACGCGAGGAGAUCGACCGCCAUGCUCGUCGCCGAGGCACACGAGACGGUGCACCGCCUCGUGUCCAGGGAGGACAGCGGCUACGCCGACCGGUCGUUCUUGCUGCACACCCCGGAGCAGGUGCGCAUGCUGCUUGAUUGUGACUAGCUUAUAACGCUCACGACGAAGAUUCGGGAAGCCGGGAGCCCGCCUAGUGGCGGUGGCAGAAGUGGUAGCGGUACAUUCUGGUGCCGGCGGACUUAUGAAAUAAUAGUGUUUUUUUCUGCCGG